AUGCCUGGAUCGAACAACGAUAUAAACGUGAUGGAUAGGUCUCCAUUGUUUUCCAAUUAUUACAAUGGAAAAACUCCUCCAGUUCAAUUCGAAGUCAAUGGUCGUACCUAUAAUACUGGCUAUUACUUAGCAGACGGAAUAUAUCCUCCACUCGCAACGCUGGUUCAAACAAUAUCAUCACCAGUGGGUUUGAAGCGCAAGUAUUUUGCAGAUAAGCAAGAAUCGGCCAGAAAGGAUGUCGAAAGGGCGUUUGGAGCGUUAAUGGGACGAUUCGCUAUACUUACAAAUCCGGCUCGGCUAUGGAAUAAGAAUGAUUUGAAAUCCAUUAUGCGUGCUUAUAUAAUACUUCACAAUAUGAUUAUCGAAGAUGAAUCAUAUAAUAAUUCGACAUGUGACAUCUUUGAAGAAGCAGAUCAUUUCCUUCAAGCAGAAAUGUUACCAAUGGAUUCAGAAGCAGAUAACUUCACAACGUUCCUCAAUCGAUACAAGAAAGUUCACAACAAGCAUCUUCAUUAUCAACUCCAGAACGACCUUGUCGAGCAUCUAUGGAAUGUGAAGGGAAACGAAGAUUAGUUUUCCAACAGAUAAUUUAAUCAGGUUUUUCUCUACUUAUAUCUAUAUAGAAAUAUAUAAAGUUUCCAACACCAGUGUUAUAGCUAAACAUUCUCUUCCGAAUAGCUUUCAUCCAAAUACUCGACAAUCCUAUCUGGAUCAUAGUCCGCUGCAUUCUCUUCAAUCGAAACAUCGUCGUUAGGCA